AUGAUGGAUCGGGCCUCCAUGAUCGAGGCUGCCUCGCGCAGUCUGCGCCAGCAGAUGAACCGCAGCGUGCAGAGGCCCUAUGCAAAAGGCAAUCUUCACGACGGUGCUGCGUUGGACGAGCCCCGGAGUGCGGAGAAUGCCCAACGCAGAAUCCGCAGCGCUGAAAAUCAGCACAGGUCUAUCUCCUCUGCAUCGCAGGAAGCACCUCAAAGUAGCAUCGGCACCGUGGCUCCAACUCCUUCAGCCUCGGCGUUGGACAACUAUUCCCUUGAGGAUGAUGUGGAAGAGGAUGCCACCGGCAGUUCGAACAUAGACGACGUGCCGAGGGUGCCGCACGAUUUUCCCCAAGAGCUCAAGCGACCAGCCAGCCGAAAGAAGGACCCGUCCGCCUCAGCCGCAGCGGGACUCGGAGCUUUCGCGGGACCCUCGAGAAUGACGGAUGCCUUCGAGCAGCGCAAGACCCGGCAACCCAUUCCGGUGGAGAGCUGGGGUCCGCGACCGCCUUCCCGUGCAGGGCUACCGCAAAAGGCCUCGACGCCGCUUGAGGGCAGCCUUGCCGACGGGUUUGUCAGCACCCCAUGCCGAGGGAGCGGUGCCAGCUCAAGCGUCGGGCGUGCGAGCAAAGAGCGCGAGCCGAGUCAGGGAGGUAGCCGACCUGCUAGCAAGAUGGCGGGUGACCAAGCACGCACUGGCAGCAAGACCAGCAGCGACCAGGCUCUCGGAGCGAAAGUCGUUGGAGGCACUUGGGCAUCCGCCAGAGUAGAACCGCGUGCGCAGCGUCCGUCGUUGGCCAAUGAUGCGGCGCGGAGUCGCGGCCGCGAGCGACGGGCGACCACGCAGACGCGGGGUACCCCCGAGGCAGAAGAUACGAUUCGAGCGCCGGAGAGGAGUAAGGAUUUCUGA